AUGUCAAAUUCCACCACUAUUACUACAUUAGAAUUAUACGGCUUUGAACCAAAUCGUGGUGCUGCAGUAUUCUUCACUAUACUAUUCUCCAUCAUGACCUUCGUUCAAUUGUUUCUGUUGUUUGUUCAUGCCAAGAAGAACCGACAGGCAAUUCAUCCAAACAAUCGUUCAGAGAAACCCCCAGGUUUAAUUUUAUCCAGUUUCUUAUCUUUAUCCUUGUUCUACAUCCCUUUAGUAUUAGGUGGUCUGUGUGAAAUGGUGGGUUUUAUUACAAGAUGCAUAUCGGUAUUUUCUUAUUCGGACCUCAAUUCCUUUAUUGCACAAAGAGUUUGUAUUCUAGUGGCUCCAAACUUGUUUAUGACUACAAUGUAUUUAAUCUUUGGAAGACUAAAUCAAUUGAUAAAUAUAAAUGGUAAUUUCAUAUUUUCGGAGACAAUCAAUAGACGUCUAUUUGUCACAGGUAAUAUUGCAGGUUCUGUCCUGCAAGGUGUUGGUAGUGGUAUUUCAAGUGGCGGUACUCAAUCAGAUUAUAACCAAGGUAAGAAAUUGAUGCUUGCUGGUUUGUUCAUUCAAGUCGGAAUAUUCGCCAUCUUUGUAUUAAGGGAAUUUUUUUUAUUUAAAAUUAUUAAGAAUGGAAACAAUGACAUCGCUUAUAACACUAAGAAAUGGAGAUCCCUUAAUUUGGUACUAUUGGCUAGUGGUGUUCUAAUUAUGAUCAGAUCUAUUGUCAGAUUAGUUGAAGUUUUUGAAGGUGCAUCAAGCCCAAUAUUAAGAUACGAAUGGUUUGGUUACGUAUUUGACUCCCUACCGAUGUUUAUAUUAAUGAUGAUGUAUGCUCUUACAACCCCGGUAUGUUCUUUGUUCCAUAUUCAAGCAGAAACUGUUGAAUACUUAGAAAGAGAAUAUGUGUAG